CCGUCUCGAACCCCCCCCUGCGGUGAGCUGAUCGACAGCGCUGCGUCUCUCCGGGCGCCUUCACAUGGCCCUCACCCUCCUGCUGUGAUGCUGGUGUGACAGGGGCCACGGCUGGAGGACAGGCGCCGUUCUGACCAUGAGCGAGCUUCUGGAGACGGCCACCGACGGGCCCCCGGCGGGGGAGGAGGCCGCGGGGCUGGAGGGGGCCCGGGAGUACGACGGGGCCCCGGGGGAGCUGUGCUGGGAGGACGGGGGGCUCCCCGGGGAGCUGCAGAGGGGCAUGGAGACCCUGCGGGCCGGCGGGGAGCUGACGGACGUCACGCUUUGCGUCCAGGGGGAGCUGUUCCCCUGUCACCGGGCCGUGCUCGCCGCCGCCAGCCACUACUUCAGGGCCAUGUUCUGCAGCGGGCUGAGAGAGAGCCAUGAGAAGCAGGUGGAGAUCAAAGGCCUGGACAGCGGCACCAUGCGCUGCCUGCUGGACUACACCUACACCAGCCAGGCCCUCAUCAACAGCGCCAACGUCCAGAGGAUCCUGGAGGCGGCUAGCCAGUUCCAGUUCAUGCGCGUGGUGGAGGCCUGCGCCGGCUUCCUGACCACGUCCCUCCACGCCGAGAGCUGCGUGGGGGUACUGCGUCUGGCCGACAGCCACAACCUGACCGCCCUGAGGACGCGGUCACUGGACUACAUCGUCCUCGCCUUCUCCCGGGUCAUCCUGCAGGAGGAGUUCCACUUCCUGCCAGCGGAGGCGCUGGAGAGCGCCCUGAGCCGCGACGACCUCAGCGUGACCUGCGAGGAGUGCGUGUUCGAGGCGCUGAUGCGCUGGGUGAGGGCUAGCCUGAGCGAGCGCGAGCCGCUGCUCGCCGCCAUGCUGCGCCACGUCCGCCUGCCGCUGCUGGAGCCCGCCUACUUUGUGGCGACGGUGGAGACGGACGAGCUGAUUCGCCGCUGCGUCGACGCGUUUCCUGUCCUACAGGAAGCCCGCUGCUACCACCUGCUGGGGGCCGUGGUGGUCUCCGAGCGGACCAAGCCGCGCAUGCAGCUCUUCCUCUCGGAGGUGUUCAUGAUCAUCGGGGGCUGCACCCGGGACGAGAGGUUCAUCUCCACGGUAACCUGCCUGGACCCGCUGCGCCGGAGCCGCCUGGAGGUGGCCCGCAUGCCGCUGACGGAGGGGGAGGAGCCACAGAGAAGGAAGUGGGUGGAGUUCGCCUGCAUCACGUUUCGCAAGGAAGUGUACAUAUCAGGCGGGAAGGAGACGGCCCAUGAGGUGUGGAAGUACAACGGGGCCUUGGACCGCUGGAUCCGGACGGAGCCCCUGGCCAGUGGCCGAUGGAGACACAAGAUGGCCGUCCACGGGGGGAAGCUGUACGCUCUCGGGGGGUUCGACGGGAACCAGAGACUAACGAGCGUGGAGGCCUACGAUCCGUUCCACAACUGCUGGACACAGGUGACCCCUCUUCGGCUGGCCGUGAGCUCCUUUGCGGCGGCGAGCUACGACAGGUGGAUCUACGUGGUGGGGGGCGGUCCCGGCGGGAGGCUGGCCACUGACGUGGUCCAGUGCUGGGAGCCGGGGGCCGACUGCUGGACGACCCGGGCCCCGAUGCCCGUGGAGGCCAAAUGCAUCAACGCCGUCGCCUUCAAGGACCACAUCUACGUCGUCGGGGGCGCCAUGCACGCCAUGUACAGCUACUCUCCGGCGGGGGACGCCUGGGCGCUGGUCUGUCGCCUCGGCGACCGGGCGAGCUGCGCCGUGGCCGCGUGCAACGACAAGCUGUUCAUCACGGGGGGGCGGGACGACCGGAACCAGGUGAUCUCCUCGGUGAUGUGCUGGGACGCGGCCGGCGGCGUGCUGACCGAGGAGUGCGUGCUGCCCCUCGGAGUGUCCCACCACGGCAGCGUCACGCUCAUGAAGUCCUACACACACAUCCACCGCAUCCCGCCGGCCACGCCCGCCGCCGCCGCCGCCACCGCCCCCCCGCCGUGACUCACCACAUGGGGGCGCUGGCGGCGGGGUUACAUCUAUGGAGGCUGUUGGUUGGGGUAGUGUGUGGGCGUGUAAAGUUUGUGUGUGCGUGUGUAAAGUUUGUGUAUGUGUGUGUGUGUGUGCGUGCAUGUAAAGUUGUGCAUUGUGUGUGUGUGUGUGUGUGUGUGUGUUUUUGCGGGCGUGUAUAGUUUGUGUAGUUUGAGAGUGUGUGUAAAGUUUGUGUAGUGUGUGUGAGUGUGUGCAUUUGCAGUUUGUGUAUUAUGUGUUUGUGUGUGUGCGUGUACAGUUUGUGUAUUGUGUGUGUGUGUGUUCAGGAGUUUGUGUAAACAGCGGUUGAAAUGAUUGUGUACAGCAGUGUUAUCUAGAGGAAAAAGCAGAGGAAGGUAAGAUGAAUAUCUGCUGAGAUCAAUACCCCAGUGUGAGCCAGAGAUUGUAGGGGAGAAAGUUGUUCAUCUGGUCCUUCUAAGGUUUAUGUUUUUACUAAAACCAAUGAAUACAGAAUGAUUGUCACCUUUCCUACAGUUCGUGUUGAAAAAGCCAACAUAUGAAAUGACAAAUACUUUGAUAUAUGUGUUAAUAAAGUUUUGCUCUGUUUUAUA